CACCCAGGGGAGAAGGCUGUCCCACCCGGAGACACGGGUCAUGUGGGGCUCCCGGGAGCUGCUUGUAGCGUGGUUGCUGGUGUUGGCAGUGGGCGGCAUGGAGCAUGUCUACCGGCCUGGCCGCAGGGUAUGUGCUGUUGAGACUCCCAGGGGCCCUGUCUCUGAGUCCUUCGUGCAGCCCGUGUACCAGCCCUUCCUCACCACCUGCGACGGGCACCGGGCCUGCAGCACCUACCGGACCAUCUAUAAGACCGCCUACCGCCGCAGCCCAGGGCUGGCUCCCUCCAGGCCACGCUACGCCUGCUGCCCCGGCUGGAAGAGGACCGGCAGGUUCACCGGGGCGUGCAGAGCAGCAGUGUGCCAGCCACCAUGCCGGAAUGGAGGGCGUUGUGUCCAGCCUGGCCACUGCCACUGCCCUGUCGGAUGGCACGGGGACACCUGCCAGUCAGACGUGGAUGAGUGCAGUGCCGGAAGGGGUGGCUGUCCCCAGCGCUGCGUCAACACCCCGGGCAGUUACUGGUGCCAGUGCUGGGAGGGGCACAGCCCAUCUGCAGACGGUACCCUCUGCCUGCCUGAGGGAGGGACCCCCGGGGUGACCCCGAGCCCCACGACAGGUGCAGACAUGGCUGUAAAGGAGGAAGUUCAGAGGCUACAGACCAGGGUGGACUUGCUGGAGGAGAAGCUGCAGCUGGUGCUGGCUCCACUGCACAGCCUGGCUUCACAGGCCCUGGAACAUGGGCUCCCCGACCCCGGCAGCCUUCUGCUGCACUGCUUCCAGCAGCUGGGCCGCAUCGACAGCCUGAGUGAGCAGAUCUCCUUCCUGGAAGAGCAGCUGGGGUCCUGUUCCUGCAAGAAGGAGACGUGACCAGCCAGGCCCCAGCCCCGUCUCAACCCAGGCUGGACCGAGCCACUCCCCUUCCCUCCCUGCUGUGCCCCCACCCUGUGUUCCUCCCCAAGGUGCUAGGCACCCAGACGCCAACCCUGACGGUGACUGUGAGCAGAGGGUGAGGGAGAGCUGGGGCAUGGGCCGGGGGUCUUCUGUGUGAAUCCACCUCCAGCAACCCCGAGGGCCUUCCAGGGCCCGGCGGGCUUGCAGCUGAGGGAUGGUACGAGCCCUCUGCCCAGAGCCUGGGGUGGUAGUUCUGGGAGGGCAGCCUGGCGCGGGCGGGGGCGGGGGCAGGGCCUGUCCCCUGAUGUCACAAUAAAGACGAGACUUGAGCCACCCCA